AUCAAUGCUGGUGCUGAUGUCAACAAGACUGAUAAUUAUGGCAAAACUGCUUUGUUUAGUGCAGCUAGUAACGACAAUGAAAGUAUUGUACGGGAGUUAAUCAAUGCUGGUGCUGAUGUCAACAAGACUGAUAAUUAUGGCAAAACUGCUUUGUUUAGUGCAGCUAGUAACGACCAUGAAAGCAUUAUACAGGCGUUAAUUGAUGCUGGCGCUGAUGUCCACAAGUUUGACGAUGGUGGCAAAACUGCUUUGUUUAGUGCAGCUAGUAACGACAAUGAAAGUAUUGUACGGGCGUUAAUCAAUGCUGGUGCUGAUGCUAAAAAGACUGAUAAGUAUGGCCAAACUGCCUUGUUUAGUGCAGUAACAAACGACAAUGCAAUUAUUGUGCAGGCAUUAAUUGAUGCUGGUGCUGAUGUCAACAAGACUGAUAAGUAUGGCCAAACUGCCUUGUUUAGUGCAGCCAGAAACGACAAUGCAAUUAUUGUGCAGACGUUAAUUGAUGCUGGUGCCGAUUGCAACAAGGCUAAUAAUGAUGGCAAAACUGCGUUGUUUAGUGCAGUCACAAAUGACAAUGCAAUUAUUGUGCAGGCAUUAAUUGAUGCUGGUGCUGAUAUCAACAAAGUUAAUAAUGAUAGUCAAACCGCUUUGUUUUGCGUAUCACGUUUUUCUUCAGAUGAUUCCAUUGGUUUAUUGAUUGACAAGGGUUGUGAUGUCAACCUACCUGACAACAAAGGCGAAACUCCGUUGUUUCAUUUUGUCAGAUUGGAUUUGGACAUUCAUGUAAAAAUUUUGGUGGAGAAAGGUAAAGCCUUGAUAAAUGUGAGAAAUCACCAUGGAAGAACGCCCUUAUUUUAUGCUCUGCAGCGUUCACCAGUGGUUGCCCUUUACCUUCUCUACAAUGGUGGAAAUCUCUAUUUGAAAGACAAUUGCAAUUUAAGCAUUUUAUCAUUUUUUAUUGAAGAGAUGUUGCACAAUGAAAAUCCUUUUUAUCGUUUUGAUCUGACUGAGCAAUUGAACCUGCUUCAUAGAAAAGGUGUUACGAAAAUAAUUAUGGUAAAAGCACUAAUAGAAGUACUAUUUUGCAAAAUUGUGCUUAUGUGUACGCCUUUGGGUGAAGUCAAAACUUCCUAUUCAUAUUUUGUGCACAAAGAAUGUCUUUCUGAGUUCUUGUCGAGGGCUGAUGAUCAAACUAAAAUAACCAUAGAAAACAUUUUGGAACAGAUCUCAAGUGAGCAACUGUCACAAGUAGUUCCUUCAUUUGUGAAUUUAGGUGCUGAUCCAAACAGUGUUGACUCGCAUGGCAACACUUUACUUCACUAUGUAACUCUCCUGCCAUUUGUCGGUGUAUCUCAAACGGAGGUCAUGGAAACAUGUCACCUACUAAGAAGGCAUGGAACAACAAUGAACAUCAAAAACCACCAAGGUCAAACGCCUCUGUUGUUUUGCUUGUCAGAACUUAGUUUGCAUACGAAGUGGUUACUAAGAACUGAUGAUGUAAAGAUGCUGGUAGAAAUCUGUAGACUUUUGCUAAACUGUGGAACGAAGGUCAACGAUACAUUACCAAACGGAAAGUCUGUUUUCCAUUUGAUAAUUGAUCUUUUUCAAAAAGGUCUUCGAUUGCAAGAUGAAGCUGUAAGAAAGGAAGUACUAAACGAAAUGUUUAAUCUGCUGCAAUUGUUUUCAGAUGCAAAUUGUAAACAAGCUGAAAGCUUUAAAAAUAGCAGUGGCCAUCUUUACUUGCUACUUCAUUCAUGGGCAUCGCUCACUUUACCAUCUUCAGAAAACUAUUCGAGUAACGUUACCCAUAACUACACAUUUGAAAAACUUUUGAAAGCCAUUUUACAGCUUCUCCUGAAAUGUGGGGCAAAGCCGAAUGCCAGAGAUGAUGAUGAAAGAACCCCUCUGCAUCAGUGCAAGACUUGGAGUGCUGUAAAGCUUUUGAUAGAUGCUGGAGCGAAAAGAGAUGCUGUGGAUUCGUCAGGACACCCACCCCUAUUUGCUGCAGCGGAAAGACGCACUUUUCUUCGGAGAACUGACUGUUUUUAUCAAGACGUUUUAGGAGACCCAGAAACCUUCUGGAGAACUGCUAUAAAGAUGAAACUUCAUCCAUGGACUGUUGACCAAGAUAAUAACUCUGUUCUAAGUAUCAUGAUAAAAUGCCAAGCCUUUGUUCUUGCCAAAGCCUUAAUUGAAGUCAUUUGUGUAGACAAACACAUUGAAUCUGAUACAAUUGCUUAUCCACUUUUAAACGUUAUUUGCAAGGACCAGUCGACACAAACACGUUGGAAAGCUAAUCUAGUCAAAAUUAUUUUGAAUUCAAGAAAAAAGAUAGCGAACUUAGAUGUGCCUCUUCGCUUUUGCUGCAAGAAUAUAUUAGAACUUGGUAGCUCAGAUGACAGUUCAAGUGACAUCAUUUCAGAUGACAGUUCAAGUGACAUCAUUUCAGAUGACAGUUCGAUUGACAGUUCAAUUUCAGAUGACAGUUCAAUUGACAUUUCAGAUGACAGUUUAAGUGAGAGUUUACAUUCCUCUAAAGGAACAAAAAGAAAAUUCUUCGAUAAGUUUAAAAAGUAUAGCAAGACGCAACCCAUGCUUAAAAAAAGAAAAACAGUUGCACAAUGUAGUACAGAGGAAACUGGAAAGGCAGAAAACUGGAAAGAUCUGGUACCUAGCGAUUCAGUCCACUGCGAAAUUGCUGAAAUGCUUCUUUCAUAUGGAGCCAAUUUUCGAAUUCCUGACUCAACUGGUGAGUCAUGCCUUGACCUAGCGGAGACCUGUCCUGAACUCAAACACCUCUUAACGAAACCCAUAGAUGUGAGCAAAAUCUCUAAGCGCAUUCCUUGGGAUUCUGUUUCCAAGAGGUACGAAACCACGUUGACCAAAGUUUCAAGAGGACAAGAGAGAGAGAUAGUCGGCUCAUUUUGGUAUCACAAAGACCACAUUGGACGUGGCUCGUACGGACUUGUUUUCACAGGGAUCAAUGAGAAUGAUGGUAGGGAAGUGGCCAUAAAACAAAUUCAAAAGUCGCGCAUGGUACGACCAGAAGACAAGCGUGAAAUAACAAACCUUGCUAAACUUGCCGACUGCAAACAAGUCGUUAGUUAUGUGUGUUUCUUAGAAGACAUACACUUUUCAUACAUAGUAUUGGAGCUGAUGGAGGGAGAUCUUGAACACUACUUUAACGAAGGCGCAGUUGACAAAAGCAAAAGUGUCUUACUUUGCAAAGAUGUGAUUAAGGGACUAAGAUAUUUACAUGAGAAAAAAAUAAUCCAUCGUGACCUCAAGCCAGGAAACAUCUUAUAUAAAACACAUCCUAGACUUUGCUUAAAAAUUGCUGACUUUGGUCUAAGCCGCGAUUGCGUUAAUGGCUCCUCUACUACAGAGUUCAGCCGUUCACGUACAAUCGUUGGUACCGAAGGUUGGAUUGCUCCAGAAAUUUUGACGUCGACGUCCAAAUCUAAGGGACAUUUUACAGAGAAUUCCGACACAUUUUCCUGUGGACUUUUAUUGCAUUACAUUUUGUCCGAACAAAAGCAUCCCUUUUCUCCUACAUCUUCAUCAGCUCUGCACCUUAUAGAAGAUAACAUAAAAAAAGAUCAAAUGCAAGGAUGGGAUGACCACAUCUCUCCUGAAGCAACAGACCUGAUUAAAAAGAUGCUCAAGAAAAGUGUCGGGGAAAGAAUAAGCCCAACUGAUGCACUAGCUCAUCCGUUGUUCUGGACGAAUAGUAAAAGAAAGGAUUUCCUCGUUGCUGUCGGAAAUCAGCCAGAAUUUGAAUUAUGGCCUUCUUAUAGGAAUUUUCCUGAGACUGAUUUGGAAAAAGACUUGAAUUCAUCCAUGAUUUUCAAAAGAGUAGUCAAAUGUAAGUCAUGGGAUAAUUCAAGAAAUAAUCUCAUGCGUAAGUUUUACCAUGAAAUGACUGCUAAAAAAUGGCGGAACUACGACACUAAAUCUAUCGUGGACUUAGUGCGACUGAUACGGAAUGGCUACGCUCAUUCUCACACGUUAUCAGAAGAAAUCAAGGAAAUGUUGUCGACAAAUUUUGAUUACUUGGAUUAUUUUCCUGAUCUUGUCAUGGAAGUCUUUAAAGCCGUGACUGUUCAUAAAUGGACUCUAUCUAGACCUCAAAUCAAAGAUGCCAUGACCAAGUAAGAAGACGCAUCGUAACGUAACUUUAAGCACGUGACAUAUGUUAUUCUAUUUGAUAGUGAAGAGUGUCCUCUUUCAGAGCUGAAAUCACUUUUAUCGAUGCGCACCAAAAUACACAAACACGCGCUCGUACUUAGGCUUUUCUUAUAUUCAAUUCACGCUCUGCAUUUUAUAGGGAUUAUGAAACGUGGGUUCUACGUCUUUUUAUAUCAAUCUUAUUAUAACGCUGUAACUUUUGAUGAAAGAAAUAAACCUGAAUACUAAACAUCAGAUGAUAAUUACAGGGGCGGCGGAACCAGUGGGGGAGGCCGGGGGGACACGUGCCCCCCCCCCACCAAAUGUUUUUGGGGCGCCUGGCCCCCCUAAAAAAUAUUGGUUUCUUAGUCAUUGUUUUACGGCAAGAGAAUAUCAAGUAAGAGAGCAUAUCCCUGUGACCCAUGAAAGUUUCUUGAAAAUCUAUUUUUAGCUCCGUGCGCAAGCCUGGCCCCCCUAAAAAAUAUAAUCUUCAGUGCCCCCCCCAAAGAUUUUGCAGUGCCCCCCAAAGAUUUUUAGCUUCCGCCGCCCCUGAAUUACAUAACUCUUCUCGUCUUUGCAAGAAUCGUAACACAAUUUUCACAAGUAGGUGAGGAAAAUAUAACUGCUGCUAAUAGACUUUACUUGGAUUAUCGUCCUUGUCUUGUUACGGAAAUCUUCAAGGCAAAACAUGUGUUGUUUAGGUUGAUUAGAUAGGUGUAAUUGCUAACAGAAACCUAUCAUUUUUCUAUUCAUGUAACUGGGCAAGAGUGGGAGGGAAUCUCAAUUUAGUUGAUUUUAUUCACUGUUGUCUCAAUCACUGUUGCCAAUCAACAAACUGUAUUUUAUAUUAUAAGGCCUUUUUAGUACAUACAUUUUAUUGUAGUUGUGGAUCACUACACCAUAUCCUUAAUAAAAAUACAAUAGAAAGUACAAGAGGUUUUGCACAAUAUCUGACACUUGAAAGUAGCCAUGUUAGAUGACAGAACAAUAAAGAUAAAUUCCAUUUACUCUCGGAAUUCUUUCUCAUGUAAAACAAUUGUAUUGUUUCUGCCAUCUAACAUUGCUACUGUCAAGUGUCAGAUAUUGUGCAAAACCUCUUGUAUUGUGUAUUGUAUUUUUAUUAAGGAUGAUCAAAAGGUUUUCAGUUGAUUUAAGUUCAGUCUCAUAAGUAAUAUUUUUAUGUUAAAAAUGUCUAUUUCAUUUCUUGGUUUUCUUUGCAUCCCGUUCCCCUGAACCUGUUCCUUCUCUCUUACGUUUAGCAGCACUUGACUUACAUUCUGGUAGUAGCUCAGGUGCCAGUUUUGAUGCUGUUACAAAUGUCCACAAUGUUAAUUCUACUUUGUGUUCAUUCCAAUUGGCAACAGAAUCUACAAAAACAACAAAAAAAGAUGCACCUAUUAAUUUUGGAUGCAAAAAAAUACAAAUAAUAAGCAAUUACUGGAUGAGGAUGAGCAUGAUAUCGUAAAUUAUACGAUAAUAAUUUACGAUAUUAUGUGAUAACCGAAUUCAAUAAGAAAAAUAUUUAUAUUUUUAUAUAAUGUACCUUUUUUCACAAGAUCUAUAUUUUAGUGCUGAGAGUUUUCAGAAUCUAUAAAACCUAUACUUUAGUGUUGAGCUCUCUUGUUCAGGAUUAGCCUUGAAUUUUUGUAGAAUAUUUGUGUAUUCCAAUGAAGUUCAUGGACCACAUACGUGCCUUACCAUGA